CCAAGUUAAAUCAAACCCAAACCCAAACCCAAACCCAAACCGCACCUGGUGAAAGCUAAUGUAGCUGAGCUAACCCAAUUCGUGAACUGGUCGGCGACCGAGUGAGGAAGGGAGGUGGGAAACGACGCCGUGUGGUGGAUGAGAUUGAGAGACUGAGCCGAGAUCGAGACCAAGGUGGAGGGAGUGAGGUCUUUGAAUUGUAUCUUCAUCCUCCAUUAAUGUUGCUUUUUUCCACACUCGUCAGCACUCAUGGCACUUCCAGAUAGUUUGAAAUAAAAUGAUUGAGACUCUCUAUUGGAAUGGGAGUAAGCUCAUUGAGGAAGAUAAAUUCUUUGAUUUAAGUUGAAAAAUUGAAUUAAACUUAAUGGAAUCUGCGGUACAAUCGGACGAAGGAAAAUGAAGAGGCCAUAAGAAUCCGACACAUUCAUUCAAAGUCAUUAUUCAGGUUGGUUGUCCGACUUUUGUUAUUGUUCAAUUGGACGAGGCAUUGAUGCUUUUUCAAGUGAUGAGGUUUAUGAAGAUGGAUGAUUGCAAGAAAUUGAGUAUACAGAAAAUACAAUAUUUCUCAAGCCUAUGUGGUGUUCGAAGAAAUGUGUGACAGAGAGAUUCAAGCUGGUAACUUCUGAGGCAUGGCAGGACUGGCUGCUGGAGUGUAUUCAAUUUCAGAAAAAUAGUGCAGUGUCUACACUGACUGGGGUGGCGGUGGCGCUGGCGCUCAUGGUGGAGGAGUCGUCACACGAGCAAGUAGUCCAAUGUGCCAUAACCGGAGCUGUUAUCUCUGCUGCUGCAAAUAUUCUGUCUGGCAUCUUUUAAUUCAAAUUUGGCAUAUUUUUAAUUUUGUUGCUUUUCUAGUGUUUGUUUUCUCAGCCAAGAUUUUGUUCUCUUUUCUUAAAAUCUUCAGUAUGAAGCAUCAUAAAUUCAUAGAUCAAAUUAAUAA